CCGUAAUAAGUCGUUCGGACAGCUCCGCAGAUGUCAACAAAAGAGGAUAAGGAAGUCGAAGACAACAAAAUGUCUUUUGAAGACCUAAGAAAGCGGGCUAGACAGCUCGAAAGUGAAAUAGAUAUGAAAUUGGUGUCCUUUAGCAGGAUAGCAGCAAGUUAUGGCUCCAAUGUGGCUAACAACACUAACAGCGAGACAGUGGCCCUUUUGUCCGGAGACCAAAUGUAUGAGACUAUUUCUGUGGAGCUUGAGCAGCUUUUGGCAUCACUAACAGACGUAAAUGAGAGAAUGAACAAUUGUACCCACGGGUCGAAUGUUGCAACGAUACACACCUUGCAGCGACAUAGAGAUAUUCUCCAGGACUACACCCAUGAAUUCCAGCGUACCAACAAUGCCAUUACUGCAAGACGGGAACGUGAGCAAUUACUAGGUGGAGGAAGGAAUGAUGGUAAGACUCUGGCUGGAUUAUCCCGACGUGACUUGUACAUUAAGGAAGCUGAACAUUUGAACAAUUCCGAACGUAUGGUUGACGAGCAAAUUUCUAUCGCUGUGGAAACCAGAGAUCAUCUCAAAAGCCAGCGUGAAGCUUUCAAGAUGAUACAGACCAAAGUUAAUGAUCUAUCCAAUAGGUUUCCUCUUAUCAAUACACUUAUGACUAAAAUUAAUAUCCGAAAAAGACGUGAUAGCCUUAUCCUUGGAACUGUGAUUGGACUUUGUCUAACCUUUAUGCUGUGGUGGAUGUUUUUCUAGCAACUGCAUUCCAUGUGAUCAGAGAUAAAUGUGUAAUGAUAUGCAUUAAAGUUUUUUUAAUAGUUGCUGCAUUGAAAUAGGCAUUGAUAAGUCUGCAUGUAUAACAUUUUAUAACUUAAUAUACACAGUUUUAUUGUGAGCAUGAUGUAAAUUGUUAAUUGGAAAUAUUAUUGUAUAAACUUUAUUGAGAUAGAUAUCAAUACAUAAGGGUCAGAUUCUGUACAGAUGACUUUAUGUAAAGUAUACAAAUAAGAUUGAUAUACAGCAGGGUUUGAUUAACAUUUUGAGUUGUUUUUAUCAAACACUUGUAAGUGUUUUGUAUUUUACUUUUUGUAUUCAUGUGCAUUUCAUUAGAAACUCACAUAUACAAUAGUUAAAGCAUGUAUGUUUUUUUGUAUUCAUAUUUUCUCCAGUUAAGACAAAUACAUAUACAGGAAGCAGAGCUGUAAGUAUAUUUGUAAGUGAACAGUAUCCAGAAUUUUCAAAGGGAUAGCCAGUACACUGUAUGCUUUUCAGGUUGAUACAUAUUUCUAGUAUUAUUUAUCAAGGAAAAUGUGUAGAGACUUGCACUUUCUUAAUCAUUGUGUUGUGAAAGGUUAGUGUGAAUUCAAAAAAAAAAAUUGUCUUUUUUUAUGAUUCAACAUGUUUAAGAUCAUUUUUCUUACUGAGAAGAUACUUUAAGUUAAAAGCAGUAGAUUCUGAAUAAGGAUGAUGUGACUUACACCAAUAUGUGAAAUUAUGUCAAAUUAAUUCACAUUUUCUUUAUUUUAAAGAUUUUUGUUUGGCAGUGAAUAAAUUAUGCACAAAGAGUUAAAGAGAAUUCACACAUAUAGAGUAGAUAGAUUUCUCUUGUGUGAGGAAGAGUAAUAUUCAUUUUAAUCCUUCAUAUGCAGAUAUAUGUACUAUCCAUUGUGAAUUUUGUUAAACACAAAAGGCCCUGCAAGUGUUCACCUACCAAAGAGCCAAUUAAUAGCCCAAUGCAACCUUGCCUGACUUCCCCAUUCCUUGAAAUUUUCAGGAUUUUUCUUAUGUUUAAUGCUAUUGAAAAUUAUUCUGAUAUUAUUAUUAUUAACAUUAUCAUUAUUAUAAAGUUAUUAAAAUGCAGUAAAUAGUAAAAUAGAAUCUUUCUGAAAAUCAAGGAGUGGGUACGUAAGCUAGGUAGUACUAGUAAUUGACUCCUUAGUGUAAACACAAUCAUUAAAUUAGAAUUACAGUGGAUAUGGCAUGUGUGUCAUGCCAUCCCAGUACUAAGGCUUAAAAAAGUCUUUUUUGUUGUAUUUGAGACUUGAGUGUUUAUAUAUAAGGCUAAUAUUGAAGUGGUUUUGAAGUUUAAGAACUCCUAUUUGUAUAAGAAAGUGCCAUUUUGAUCUUUACAUUUUUCAUGAAUAACAAAAAUCAUACACUCUAAUGCUGAAAAUUAUUUAUCUGUGUGGAAAUAUGUACUAGAAUAUUGUUUAUCUAUAUAGAAAUGUGUGUAAAAGAAUAUUAUCCAUUAGUGUGGAAAUAUGUAUACAUGAAUAAAUCAGUUUCCAGUUUUAUGUGAAUAAUUCAGAUUCUGUUUAUGUUUUACAUUAAAUUUAUUAUUGACAUUGUGCUAUUACUAUUUUGGUAAGUUUGUUAUUUGCAUAUAUGAUUAAAGUAAAACUUACUUUUAUGAUCUUUGAUUUUACUCAUUCUUUUUUUUUUUGUUAUUGGUUAUGAAAUCUUUGUGAUUUUUAUUCUUUUUUACUUUCCAGUACCCUCUCUUCUU